GUUUUUCCAAUCCUGCAACCGAUACUUCAAUCAACACCACGGGGCCUCACUCACUGCCAAUUCCAUCUCCUCUCAUCUCUUCCACAAUCAAACACAUCAUCACCAUGUCAUUGGCACGUAUCAACGCCGGCGCCGCCCGCAUGGCCGCCCGCUCCUUCCAGCAGAGCCGCUCCGUGUCUUCUGCCGCUCCAGCUCGCGUUGCUCGCUUCCAGCAGCCAAAGAACGGCCUCCUCCUCAGCGCCCGCAAUGGCUUCACCAGCAACAUGACCCGCAACAUGGUCCAGUCCCGUGGCAUCGUCGCUGAAUCCGCUGCCGCUGCCAUGGUUGCUGCUGCUAAGAUCCAGGGUGCCGGUAUCGCCACCGUUGGUCUUGCUGGUGCCGGUGUUGGUAUCGGUACUGUUUUCGGUGGUCUCAUCCAGGGUGUCGCCCGCAACCCAUCCCUCCGUGGUCAGCUCUUCCAGUAUGCCGUCCUGGGUUUCGCUUUCGCCGAAGCCACUGGUCUGUUCGCCCUCAUGAUGUCCUUCUUGCUCCUCUACGUUGCAUAGAUGGGCUAAUCGGUGCUGGGUGGUUGCCGAAGCUGACUGCUGUGGUUUCCUUGGCAUGGGGGCUGCUACCAGAAAAGAGUCGGGGGAAGGGCUUCACACAAGACGCCAAUGUACACAAGCUUUUUUCUAGAUCCCAUCUCAGUUGUCAGCGGAGGCAAGGAAAAAUGGGGGUUGUGCUUUGUAUGUAUAGUACGUGGAAGUAAAGCAUAGAAGUGGACGGGGGGGCUCUACAUCUCCUUUGUCAAUGAAAAAGCUUUCGCGAUAGUUCAAUUUCGCCCAUCAGCGAAGCUCCCUUAAUGUGAUUACUUCCAUUUGCAGUUCCUCCGAUAUUUCCUAAUUCGUCAAGUGUGCACACUUUUCCCGCAAGCCUGUCCGCUAAGCCGAGCAUUUUCCACUCGUCACAGUUGCGUUGUGGCCAUCACUGAGCAUCAUGUAGCUCUUGCACAUUGCAACGGUACAUAAAUCAUAUCCAUGUAUGAAGACUAUCAUUGAUUGCAGCCUCAUCCAUAGUUCAAGGUCACGCUUUCGUUGGCAAAAUGCAACGAUCCGUCAAGUUGGAAAACUGCGUUCGUAAAGGAUCGUCUAUUUCAGACCUAGAUUAACGACACCUUUGCUUCAAAUUAUGCAGCGCAAUCGAAGGCUUCAAAAUGUAGAUGCCAUUCUCCAAGCAGAUAAGCGUCAAUUGAAGGUUCUCUCUGCGGAGGUCCUGCCAAAGGGGGUCCAAUGCCCCAGACUCAUCGAGCAACCUUCAAGAGUCACUCUAAUGACUUUGGACGACAGAAAGGAGCCCUACGAUUUGUCUUUCGAAAACACAUUCAUUUAAGAGAGACCACUGGUGGGAAAUGAAAUUUCAAUUGAACAACAACCGAGCUGUGGUACAUCAGUCAUAGACGACCGGAGAGAGCCAUUUCGGCCUCGAUGACCCUUUGCUCGCCACUACCCCAGACAUGGGCAAGUCGAAGUCCAGCCUGUUCUAAAAGCUCAGCCCACUCUUGCUCGCUUCUCUCGCGAGCUCCAAAGCAACACAU